CUGGUGGGGAUCGGACCCUGAUCCUUAGAGCCUGAAUUGCUUCUGGUGUAUGUGUACGUGUGCGUAUGCGUGUGUGUGUUGGCACUGGAGAGUUGAUUUCUUUUCCAAGCUGUUCUCUCCGCCUGCCGUACCAGGGACGCGCAAAGGGCUGGAGAGGUUUGGCGGUCGCGUCAAAACUCGCAUUGCUGGAGGCUUGAGGGGAGUGGGCCCCCCAACACUGUGCACCCCCCUCGGGGAAAAUAAAAAGCGGAAGGAGGGAGCCAGCAAAAGUUUCUCGCCAGGCAGCGCCAGCUCCGCGCUCCCCCGCACCUUAUCAGGGGGAACCCGGCUGCUUUGGUGCCGGGCACCACGUCCCCAGCCCGCGCGACCGCCGAGCCAAGGCUGAAGGAGCCGGCUGCUGGCUCCGCCGCCCCCUUCCGCCCGCCCGCACGGGAGCCGACUCUGGGACCGCCGGGCCAGGCUAGCCGUGGAUGGGCGAGCACCCGCCCGCGCCAGGAGAAGGGGCGCAGCUCAGCAGCCGACGGACGAGCGGCUCACGGCGGACGCCGGCUACCUGUCAGUGCGCCCCCGGGUCGGACGGCCCACCGGUAGCGCCUGUUGGCUAGGGGCGGGGGCUCGGGGGACUCGGCCCUCCCCCAGCCCUCCAGGCUCCGGCACCGGCUUCUGCCCGGAGGGCGGCCACUACCCAACCCUCCCUCUCCCCCUGCUGGCCGAGCGCGCCGCGGGCGGACUCCGGGGCCCAGAGCUGCCCGCCUCCCACCCGGCGCCCCGUUUCUCCUCCCGGCCGCUCUCCCCCGCAACUUUCCGUGCUUUGUUCUCCGGCUGGAAAUGAUUUACGGAAGCGUCUUGGACAGGGUCUCCGCCAGGCGGCAAGAGCCCAGCGCUGAGAUGUGUUACGUUCUCAUCUACCCAUCAAUUAUGGAUGGAAACAAAUAAGGAAGAGUCAAUUUUGCAUGAGCCCCUUCUCCGGCGGCGAGAGGCAUUCUGCAGCCGGGAGGGAGCCGCCGCUCGUGUCGGCAGCCGCUGGCAGGGGGAUGGUGAGGCGGAAGCUAAGUGGGAUUUCUGAGGAGGGGCUGCUCUGAUUUCAUCUUGGCCCACCAUGAGGUUCUUCCUGCUUUGUGCCUACAUGCUGCUUCUGAUGAUUUCCCAGCUGAGAGCAGUCAGCUUUCCUGAAGACGAUGAACCCCUUAAUACUGUUGACUAUCACUAUUCAAGGCAAUAUCCGGUUUUUAGAGGACGCCCUUCAGGCAAUGAAUCACAGCAUAGGCUGGACUUUCAGCUGAUGUUGAAAAUUCGAGACACACUUUAUAUUGCUGGCAGGGAUCAAGUUUAUACGGUAAACUUAAAUGAAAUCCCCAAAACAGAAGUAAUACCAAACAAGAAACUGACAUGGCGGUCAAGACAACAGGAUCGAGAAAACUGUGCUAUGAAAGGCAAGCAUAAAGAUGAAUGCCACAACUUUAUUAAAGUGUUUGUUCCGAGAAACGAUGAGAUGGUUUUUGUUUGUGGCACCAAUGCUUUUAAUCCCAUGUGUAGAUACUAUAGGUUGAAUACCUUAGAGUAUGAUGGGGAAGAAAUUAGUGGCUUGGCAAGGUGCCCAUUUGAUGCCAGACAAACCAAUGUUGCCCUUUUUGCCGAUGGGAAGCUGUAUUCUGCCACAGUGGCUGACUUCCUGGCCAGUGAUGCCGUUAUUUACCGAAGCAUGGGCGAUGGAUCUGCCCUUCGUACUAUAAAAUAUGAUUCCAAGUGGAUCAAAGAGCCGCACUUUCUUCAUGCCAUAGAAUAUGGAAACUACGUCUAUUUCUUCUUCCGAGAAAUUGCUGUAGAACAUAAUAAUUUAGGCAAGGCUGUAUAUUCCCGUGUGGCCCGCAUAUGUAAAAACGACAUGGGUGGCUCCCAGCGGGUCCUGGAGAAACACUGGACUUCAUUUCUGAAGGCUCGUCUUAACUGUUCUGUCCCCGGAGAUUCCUUUUUCUACUUUGAUGUUCUGCAGUCUGUCACAGACAUAAUACAAAUCAAUGGCGUCCCCACUGUGGUCGGGGUGUUUACCACACAGCUCAACAGCAUUCCUGGUUCUGCAGUCUGUGCAUUUAGCAUGGAUGACAUUGAAAAAGUAUUCAGAGGACGGUUUAAAGAACAGAAAACUCCAGAUUCUGUUUGGACAGCAGUCCCUGAAGACAAAGUACCGAAGCCAAGGCCUGGCUGUUGUGCAAAGCAUGGGCUUGCCGAAGCUUAUAAAACCUCCAUCGAUUUCCCGGAUGAAACCCUGUCGUUCAUUAAAUCCCACCCCCUGAUGGACUCCGCCGUCCCACCCAUUGCCGACGAGCCCUGGUUCACAAAGACUCGGAUCAGGUACAGACUGACGGCCAUCGCCGUUGACCAUUCUGCGGGACCCCACCAGAACUACACAGUCAUCUUUGUUGGCUCGGAAGCUGGCAUGGUACUUAAAGUUUUGGCAAAAACCAGUCCUUUCUCUUUGAAUGACAGCGUGUUACUGGAAGAGAUUGAAGCGUACAACCAUGCAAAGUGCAAUGCUGAGAAUGAGGAGGACAGAAGGGUCAUCUCACUCCAGUUGGAUAAAGUUCAUCAUGCUUUAUACGUGGCGUUCUCUAGCUGUGUUAUCCGCAUCCCCCUCAGUCGCUGUGAGCGUUAUGCAUCAUGUAAAAAGUCUUGUAUUGCAUCUCGAGACCCGUACUGUGGCUGGUUAAGCCCAGGGGCCUGUGGUCAAGUGACCCCAGGGAUGCUGCUGUUAACUGAAGACUUCUUUGCUUUCCAUAACCACAGCGCUGGAGGAUUUGAACAGGACACGGAAUAUGGCAACACAGCCCAUCUAGGGGACUGCCAUGAAAUUUUGCCUACUUCAACUACACCAGAUUACAAAAUAUUUGGCGGUCCAACAUCUGACAUGGAGGUAUCUUCAUCUUCUGUUACCACAAUGGCAAGUAUCCCAGAAAUUACACCUAAAGUGAUUGAUACCUGGAGACCUAAACUGACCAGCUCCCGGAAAUUUGUAGUUCAAGAUGACCCAAACACUUCUGAUUUUACUGAUCCUUUAUCAGGUAUCCCAAAGGGUGUACGAUGGGAAGUCCAGUCUGGAGAGUCCAACCAGAUGGUCCACAUGAAUGUCCUCAUCACCUGUGUCUUUGCGGCUUUUGUCUUGGGUGCAUUCAUUGCAGGUGUGGCAGUGUACUGCUAUCGUGACAUGUUUGUUCGGAGAAACAGAAAGAUCCAUAAAGAUGCAGAAUCUGCCCAGUCGUGCACGGACUCCAGUGGAAGUUUUGCCAAGCUGAAUGGUCUCUUUGACAGCCCAGUCAAGGAAUAUCAACAGAAUAUAGAUUCUCCCAAAUUGUAUAGUAACCUGCUGACCAGUCGGAAAGAGCUGCCACCCAGUGGAGAUACGAAAUCCAUGGUCAUGGACCAUCGAGGCCAACCUCCCGAGCUGGCUGCUCUCCCGACACCUGAGUCUACACCUGUGCUUCACCAGAAGACCCUGCAGGCCAUGAAGAGCCACUCAGACAAGGCCCACGGCCAUGGGGCUUCAAGGAAGGAAACCCCCCAGUUUUUUCCUUCUAGUCCUCCACCGCAUUCCCCCCUAAGUCAUGGACAUAUCCCCAGUGCCAUUGUCCUUCCUAAUGCUACCCAUGACUACAACACAUCUUUCUCAAACUCCAACGCUCACAAAGCUGAAAAGAAACUUCAAAACAUUGACCACCCUCUUACCAAGUCAUCCAGUAAAAGGGAUCACCGGCGUUCUGUGGAUUCCAGAAACACCCUCAACGAUCUCCUGAAGCAUCUAAAUGACCCAAAUAGUAACCCCAAAGCCAUCAUGGGAGACAUCCAAAUGGCCCACCAGACCCUAAUGCUGGAUCCCGUGGGACCUAUGUCUGAGGUCCCACCCAAGGUCCCUAACCGCGAGGCAUCGCUCUACUCUCCUCCCUCGACUCUCCCCAGAAAUAGCCCAACCAAGCGAGUGGACGUCCCCACCACUCCUGGCGUCCCAAUGACUUCUCUGGAAAGACAAAGGGGUUAUCAUAAAAAUUCCUCCCAGAGGCACUCUAUAUCUGCUAUGCCUAAAAACUUAAGUUCACCAAAUGGUGUUUUGUUAUCUAGACAGCCUAGUAUGAACCGUGGAGGCUACAUGCCCACCCCCGCAGGGGCGAAGGUGGACUAUAUUCAGGGAACACCGGUGAGUGUUCAUCUGCAGCCUUCCCUCUCCAGACAGAGCAGCUACACCAGUAAUGGCACCCUUCCCAGGACGGGACUAAAGAGGACACCGUCAUUAAAACCUGAUGUACCACCAAAGCCUUCAUUUGUUCCCCAAACCCCAUCUGUCAGACCACUGAACAAAUAUACUUACUAGGCCUCAAGUGUGCUCUUCCCCAUGUGGCUUUAUCCUGUCCAUGUUGCUGAGAGGAUGAUGUUGUAAGGGUACAUUAAGACAAGAGACUCGCCUGUAUUUUAAGAGAACCAAGUGGCCAAAGAAACGCUUCCUGACUUUGGCAACAUCAGAACUUGCCAUACGUAGCUACCGCAGCAAGGCUUCUGUGUACUUGCCUGAAAACAAAGGAAGGUGCUGGUCAUUCCAUUUCUUUUGUUUGAAACUAAAGAGAGAUGUGGCUCCGAGGGGCUACCUGUAACCAGUAUAAGGAGCUGAUACAGUGCUCAGAAGAAUCUGUCUGUGAGCAAAUACUUGAAAAUGGGUUCAACUUAGACUGCCGUUCUGUGUGGUCUUCCCAUUAAAUGUGAACAUUUUAAUAUGUAUGCAUUCACCUUGCCUCUUGCACAAAUGUCAAAAACAAUGGUAAUGUCUCAAAGAAAAGAAGUUGUAGAUUACCAAACAAUUUGCUAAAAAUUCAGUCUUUGACCCAAACUGUAGCAUUUUUUUACGUGUGGCAUUUUUUUUCAUGCCACCAAGGAACUGUGUUGCGUGUGCGUGCGUGUGCGUGUGUGUGCGUGUGCGUGCGCGUGUGUGUGUGUGUGUUCUGUCCCCACUAGGAUUUGUUUAGGUGCCCAUUGCAUCUUUUAGUGCUCUGGAGUUAUUUACAUCGCACAUUACUGAACAAGAGACAAUAACUUCUUCCCACAGCAGUCCAUUGGGUUCAGCUUUGAGAAAGAAAGAAAACCGAGGCUGAUUUUGAUGGUCAAAAUGAUUAACUUGACUUACGUGUUACCCAAUGCCAGAAUGUAAGAGUUCUAAGUAAUUUUGUGCUGCUAUUCACUAAAACUUCGAUAAUAGUCUUGCCAGCUUAAGGAGAUGGAGAUGAUAAGAGGUAUCCUUGAUUCAUCCACCAGGAUUCAGUAGUGAAAUUCACCUGUCCCCUGUGAAUCCGGGCCGGAAUCACUCUACUCAACCUUGGACACACUAACGAGGUUUUAUUUUGAUUGUGUUUGGUUUCUCCCAUGUAGUAAAAUUCCUCUUCUUUUAAUUCCCCCUAACCCCAAGGUAAAACAAACACACACACACACACACACACACACACACAAAACAGAAGACAAAAGAAGGGGAUGUGAGAGGGUUGUAAUUGGCUUAGCAGAAACAGUCUGUGAAAACCUAACAGUGGUGCAAUCACGUUGUCUAUGUUGUGUGAUGUGAGAAUUUUCUCCUGAGUCAUGCAGGUAAUGACAGUAUACUGUACAUAUUACAUGUGCGUUUACCUAAAUCUGUGCAUUUUGUGCCUUAUUCAUGAGAAUGAUAGAAGUACUCAAAUAUGUCAAGUGUUUUCAGUAUAGCACAUCAUUUACUGAGUGCCAGUUGUAAAUGUUUUUCAACCAGCACCUGAAAAGACUUUUAAAAACUCCUAACAAUCUAGAACAGUUAAUUGUAAAACAAUCUAUCCAAAUAGCUGCAUUACAUCCUUUGCCACGAUAAACAUUCCACUCCUACUUUCUUAAGGAUGAAACAGUGAUAAUGUGAAGUCAAAUGAGGUUUCCUGGGUAAUGUGACACCUGCGGAAACCGUACAGUCAUUUAUUUGUAGUUUUGCAGAAGCCACUUAGAGUUGAUUAUGUGCAACCCUGAUGACGAUUUCGGUUAAUAUGCUGCACACCACGGUUUAUUGAACCUCAUCUAGAAAGUAUCAAGGCAGAGGAAUGCUCCUGACUUAGUCAGACAAAUAAGUUCAACUGUUUUCCUGUGAUGCUAUCUAUUACUUGGGGGAGAUGGGUUGCAGAAGACCAGAGCAUUUUGAUGCAGAAUGUAGAAUACGGAUGCAGUCAUUCUUUUCCUUUGAGAAUAUUGUUUAAUAAAGAACACAAUUCCCUGAGGUCUCUGGAAGCUCAAAAGCUAAAACUUCUGUUCUUGAAACACUUCAGCUUUGAAACUAAAGUAUUACAGAUUGAUAAUAAAUUAAACCAACCAACGAUAAACACUACUCAGUCCAUCGCUGACAAACCUGUUUGAAUUCACCUUACCAAUAUUAAUCCCAGCGUGCGGAAAGUGGAACAGUAACUCUAUGUGAACCCGGAUAACAUUUUGUAACAUUGUGCUGCCUUGUAGUUUGUAAUGUGAGUUCUAUCAGUAUUUAUGUUGAAAUUCCUAACAUAAAAUCUAGUCUGUAUCCUGUUAAUUUAAUUUUAAAAUGCUUUAUCCAUUUGUGCAAAGGUAAACACAGAUUGUAUCUUUUUUAAUGGUACGGCAUAAAAAGUAACCCUAAAGUGAAGUGGCUCUAUACUGUUUUAUAGAGUACUUUAACAUGUAUAGAUAUCUUGUAAACUUGUAUUGUGGAUGUGUAAAUAAUAUGUACUUUGGGUUUUUAACACCGCAUGUAAAGUCAAAAUAAAAUAUACAAAUCAUUA